GCGAUGAAGGAGCGCGUUCCGGAGAUGUUUUGUUUGUUUCACAAAGUGCUGCGGGAAAGCAACGUGUCUUCUGCUGCUGCUGCUGACCGGGCCAAAGUUGUGCUGCGGGAAAUGAUAGCAGCAGCAGAAGCAGCAAUUCAAGCAGCAGGACACAGAGCAGCAGCAAAACGCAUUUUUGCUGCUCUCACUGCAACGGGAGUUUCUGCGGAACUCCGCUCCGGACUCGCCUUCAGAGACGCAGCUCGCAAGCUCCUCAAACAGGCGGAGACGGACUGGCCGUCUUUGGCAGCAGAGUUGGAGAGUUUGCGCAGCAAACUGCUGCAGCGGGAAAACACUUUAGUGAACUUAACUGGAGACAGCAGCAGCUUAGCUGCUGCAGCAGCAGGAGAGGGUUUGGAGGCGCUGCGGGGUUUGCUGGGGGCGCUGCCU